UAUAAUAGCAAUGCUUAUUUUCUAAUUCUCCACCAGACGCCACACCCGAGCAGCAAGACCAGAAUGAUUGGAGGCCACUUGCGGACGCCGCCGCGAAUAUACCAAACGCGAUGUACGCGUCCAUACCAGAAACCGAUGACACAACCACUUGCAACGUUGACAAGACCAAGUGGUCCCGCUGGUGCAAGAAGUUCUGGUGGGCCUUCGGUGGGCUGGUCUUCGCGGUCAUGGCCGUCGCACUUCCCUUCGUGGCAGGUAACCUGCAGAUCCUCUCUCAGGAGGUGACGAAGCUUUCAGUACGACAAACCGAGCUGGAACACUUCGGACGCCUGUCUGGACCUCCCGGCCCACCCGGACCUCCCGGCCCACCCGGACCUCCCAGCCCACCCGGCCCACCCGGACCUCCCGGCCCAUCCGGACCUCCUGGACAGUGUAGCUGUCUAGCCCCAGACUGUGCAGCAUAUAAAGCCGCCGGACACACGACCAGUAGAGUCUACAUACUUGGCUCAGCCCUGUGCGGUGUAACGGUCUACUGUGACAUGGAUACAGCAGGAGAGGGAUGGACCGUGAUCCAGCGUAGAAUGGACGGGUCGGUUCGCUUUGACCGGACCUGGGAGGAGUACAAGCACGGGUUUGGGAACAAGAACGGGGAAUACUGGCUUGGGAAUGAGAACAUCCACCGCCUGACUACUCAGAAGAACUACCGUCUACGAAUCGACCUGAAGGAUUGGGAAGGGAAGUCGACCUACGCGGAAUACAACACGUUUAGGGUGGCCGGUGAGUCGGACCAGUACCGGCUGACCGUUUCCGGGUAUUCAGGCGACGCGGGAGACUCCAUGGCGGGCAGCUAUAGCCUCAACGGGCAGAAGUUCUCCACUGUGGACAGGGACAAUGAUGCCAGCAGCCUCCACUGUUCUCAGGAGUUCGGACAGGGCGGCUGGUGGUACAGGGACUGCAGCCGUUCUCUCCUCAACGGCCGCUACCUUGGCAACUGUGGGAACUCCUGUCCAUUAGCGCAAGGUGUGACGUGGUGGAACUGGAGAGGCCACGAAUACUCCCUGAAGUCUGUGUCGAUGAAAAUCAGGCCACGAUAAUCGCAUUUCCUCUACUAAAUUUGAUCACACCCAGUUAUCCACAAAACCAUCAAUCCUAUAUGUCUGUAACGCUGACAAGUAACGCUCUCUAUUGUAGCGGCUUUGUCUGUUACAAACUUACACCAGAAUGAUUUAAUUUGAAUGUAGCAGUGAGGCAGACGUCUUUGUUCAGAUAACUGGAGAAGUGUUCAGAUAUAGUUGUUAUGGAGCAAACUGUCCAAUAUGAGUUUUGGAUACAAGUGACGAUAUCUGAAAUAUGUAGCAACUGAGUUUAAAAAAAGUACUUUUGCUUAUUUUGAUGCUGGGUGCUUCUGAUUUAACAUAUCAAAAUAAUGCUCUUUAUGUGGUGUCUCUUUUGUUGCAGAAUUCCAGUAACAUACUUGUACAACUGUAGUUCUGUAGUCAUGGGUUCCUUAGUAUCUGUAUCUGUAUAGCUGGUAUAACCGCCUUUCGGCGUAACACACCAGCUUCGCAGGCACGCGGCGCGGCGGCAGCUGGCUACAUUACACCGAUCGACUUGUUACACCUAACCCUUGAACUUCUAGCUCUAGACAUUGUUUAAAGCUAAAGUUAGUAUACAAGACUGUACAAGUAUGUAGCCUCAGUCAAUAUGUAAACUACAUAGUCUUCCGUAGAAUUCAGUAGUCCCUGAGAACUAUUGUUACCAUAAAUAGCAAAGUUCUUUGAUCAUUUAUUUUUCACGAGCCGACGUUCCUAUGACCUUUAAUGUAUGCCACAAUGUAUGCACUGCAUUCGGAAAUGCAUUGUUAACAGUAAAAACUAGCUUAAGUGCACUGUGAACCAUGUAACACCUUUAGUGUACUAUGUACCAAGUAACAUCUAGCAUCAGUGCACAGUAAACCAGUCAGAAUUGCCCUGAUGAAGAUGACAGACGGUCAUCGAAACGUCGGCUCGUGAAAAAUGAAUGGUUGUGAUGAAAGAACUUUGCUAUUCAUUCGUUUACCAACCUGAUGAAAUUAUUUAGGGGUUUUGUUACCAUAGUUACCCAGAAGAAGAAGUUGCUUAUGUUUGUAUUUUAUACAAUAGCUGAGUGAUAAUAUCAUUUAUUUCCUUCUGAGCCGAAUAUUUUUCUUCCAGAAAGGAAAUGUGUUUGAGAAAAGUUUAGUAAUGAAUAUUUACUGAAAGGUGAUUUUCUGUAAGGCAGUUCAAUAACAGUAAUAUUGUAGUCAAGGGCAAAUUGACAAGGAAUAACAUCAUGUUGGAAGAAUAAUUUUUAAUCAUUAUUUUAAAACUUGCCUCUUAUCUUGUCCAAUGUUUGGCAGUUUUGUGUCACAUUGUAGUGCUGUUGUACACGUACGUGAACAACAGAGAGACUAGAACUAUAAUCAUGGAACACAAUUAGGUGUACAAACCAUUAGUGAUGAGGCCUAGGGGGAAAAUGUCAUGUUUCCAUUUCAAGUCCUAAAACACUUAGGGUCGGUUGGUAGGGAUCCUCCUUUUUCAUUUUAGAUUCUGGCUAAACUUAAACUAACAAAGUCAAGCUAAAAAAUACAUCAUGAUCAGGGCUGUCUCCAGUUCCUUUCCACCCCAUAUAUAUUCGGUAAAAAUGGUUUGGAAAAUGCGUGAAAUAGCAUUUUAGACGAUUUGAAAUGCAGAAUUUUAUGUCCCUGUCAGCAGUCAACCCAAAAACCGCUAGCGUUGGUCUGGAACCCGGAAACACUACAUUUUUUCCAAGGUCCCGGAUUGCAUACAGUAAACUGCUAUAAACAUAUAAUGUAAUGCCUUCUAUAUGAAGGACGUAAGACUUUGGUGAUGGGUGAAAAUAAAUUCUGCACUGCUGGUGUUUCAA